UCCAACCACCCACCCGCCUCCGGCCGAACCAUUACCUUUCACCCCCAAUCCUCCAUCCCCGGCACCCGCGAAGAUUUCACUUUUUAACCCAACAGAAACCAUCGGAUUUUCUUGUUUUGUCUAAUUACCGACAGCUAUGGAUGAGCCCCGAAAACACCAGGUGUCAUUGCGGGGAGCUAGCGCGAAGGAGAUUUCAAGGGAUGCGCUUCUUGCCAAGGUUUCUCAAGAGAGAGAACUUCGCAAUUUUUCACGAAGAGCAACUUCUGCCGCACUUUUUCUUCAGAGAGUUUGGCGACGUCACAGGGCGGUAAAAGUGGUAUCUAUGCAGCUUCAGCAACAGUGGCUAGCAGAGAUGAAUCAAAAUGCUAUCUGUUGGAACAAAAUGCAGAUUUCAAGGAUUGUUCUGAGGCCUUUUAUCUUCUUUAUGACUUUUUUAUCUACUCGGUAUCAAAGAAUUGAAACCAGAGAAGAAGAUUGCGUGAAGCUUUGCUUCAGGGUUUUGUUGGAAAGCAUAAACUCAACUGAUCCAAAUGAAAACUUUUGCUCUUUGGUAACGGGUACCACUGAAGAGAGAAAAAUAUGGAUUUAUCAGUCAAAGAAGCUAAUUUUACUAUGUCUACUGAUUUUGGUGGAGUUUGAUUACACUGAUCGAGGGCUUCAAGAUGUUGGCGUUGUCUCUUUAGCAAUGCGUCUAGCAGUUCUCUUGACUGAUCGGAAAGGUUGGAAAAGCAUAACUGAACGGGAUACUCAAUAUGCUGAUGCUGCAGUAAAGAACUUAAUCUGGUUUAUUGCGAAUAAAGAGAGUGGGACAUAUAACUGUAUUAGGAGAUACAUUUGGAAGUUGGAUCCUGUACCUACUCAAGGGGCAUCUUCCUGUAGAACAGAUGAUAGGUUUUUGAUUACUGCUAGUGCAUUAACUUUGGCUUUACGGCCAUUUCAUUUUACAGACACAGCUGUAACUGGUAGUGGCGUAUUGGAAUUGCAACAUGCUGCAGAAAAUUAUUUCUUUUUUUUGCUUACUAUACCUUGGUUUUCUCAACGUCUGCCAAUGGUGCUUCUACCUGCUCUGAAACACAAGUCUGUUUUAUCAUCCUGUCUAAGAUCACUGCUGAUCUCAAAAGAUAGAAUUUCAAAGGAAAUAUCUGAGAUGGAUCGAUUGGAAAUUCAUUUGCAGUCUAAGAAGAUGCCUCAAGUUGCUUGGGCCCUUGCAAAUAUUAUAUUUCUUGCAACAUCCAGUGACGAUGGUGCUGUGCGCUCUGGAAAAUUUGCCCCAGGACUGGAUUUAGUGGCCUAUGUCCGUUUUGUUAUCAUCCUUGCAGAAAACUUAUUGGCUUGUUUUGGGAAAGAUGGACAGGUAAGAUUCAGGAACCAAGAAAUUCAAGUUGAUGUAGAUAACCAGGUUGAUCCUAUUGGAAUGGGAUUGCUUGAAUCUGAGACAACUUGCGAGUCCUUAAAGAUGUCAUACACAGACCUUCUUAAACCUGUUUAUCAGCAGAGCCAUCUUUUGGGACUCCUAAACUUGGAGAAAGAUCUUUCUGGUCGUAUGACUGAUACACAUCAAAGUUCAGAAGCUCCUAUGAGUUUUGAAUUGCUUGAUGUUGCUUAUUACUAUUCAUGCAUGAUUAGAAUAUUUUCUGCACUAAAUCCUGUGCUCGGGUCAUUGCCAGUUCUCAACAUGUUAUCUUUUACUCCUGGAUUUCUUUCAAAAUUGUGGGAAGUAUUGGAAAGAUCUCUUUUUCCUGGAAGGAGUCAUGAUGCCAAGGACAAUUCUUUUGGUAAUGAUAUUUCCAAAAGCAAGGAUGAUGUCUCUCAGAGAAAGCAAAAAUGGUGUGCUAAAGACAGAGGCAAUAAAUGGGUCAAUGUAUUGCACAAAUUCUCUGGAAACUCACCAACAGAAUCAAGUAAAAUGAAUUCUACUGGAAAAUCCAGCUUUGACAGAAUUCGAGAUCAGUCUUCUUCUGUGUGGGAUGUAGAGGCUCUCAGACGUGGUCCUGUAGGCUUAUCGAAAGAUAUGCAUUGUCUCCUUCAUCUAUUUUGUGCCAUAUAUUCACACCUGCUUUUAGUUCUUGAUGACAUAGAGUUUUAUGAGAAACAGGUUCCAUUCACAUUGGAGCAGCAGCGCAAAAUUUCAUCAAUGCUUAAUACACUUGUCUAUAAUGCUGUAUCUGGCAGUGUUGGCCCACAUAAUAGAACUCUGAUGGAUUCUGCAAUUCAAUGCCUACAUUUGCUAUAUGAAAGGGAUUGCAGGCACCAGUUUUGUCCUCCAGCUUUAUGGCUUUCACCUGGUGAGAGAAAUCGCCUGCCAAUUGCUGUAGCUGCUAGGACUCAUGAAGUUCUAUCUGCAACUGUUAUACCAGAUGAUGCUUCAGCCCCUUCAAGUAUGGCUUCUGUCAUUACUCUUACUCCACAUGUCUUUCCAUUUGAAGAAAGAGUUGAAAUGUUCAGAGAAUUGAUUAACAUGGAUAAAGAAUCCCGUAGAAUGGCUGGUGAGGUUGUUGGACCUGGUCCAGGAUCAGUUGAGGUUGUCAUCAGACGUGGACAUAUCGUGGAGGAUGGUUUUCAACAGUUAAAUGCUCUUGGGUCAAGGUUGAAAUCUAGCAUCCAUGUUUCAUUUAUUAGUGAAUCUGGUCUCCCAGAGGCCGGCCUAGACUAUGGCGGAUUAUCCAAGGAGUUCUUGACUGAUAUAGCAAAAGCAGUUUUCUCACCUGAGUACGGGCUGUUCUCUCAGAGCUCAAGCUCAGAUAGACUUCUCAUUCCUAAUACAGCAGCAAGAUUUUUAGAGAAUGGCAUACAAAUGAUCGAGUUUCUGGGAAGAGUAGUUGGCAAAGCACUUUAUGAAGGAAUAUUACUUGAUUACUCCUUCUCACUUGUAUUUGUACAAAAGUUGUUAGGUCGCUAUAGCUUUCUUGACGAACUGUCAACACUUGAUCCUGAGCUUUACAGAAAUCUUAUGUAUGUGAAGCAUUAUGAUGGUGAUGUCAAGGAACUCUCACUGGAUUUCACAGCUACGGAAGAAUCACUCGGUAAAAGGCAUCUUGUUGAGCUAAAACCCGGCGGCAAGGAUAUCUGUGUGACAAAUGAGAAUAAGUUGCAAUAUAUUCAUGCAGUUGCAGACUACAAACUUAAUCGGCAGAUACUUCCUUUCUCGAAUGCAUUUUGUAGAGGGUUGACUGACCUUGUUUCCCCAUCUUGGUUGAGGUUGUUCAAUGCAAGUGAAUUCAAUCAGUUGCUUUCUGGUGGGAACCAUGACAUUGAUAUUGGUGAUUUGAGGAAAAAUACAAGAUAUACUGGUGGUUAUACAGAAGGGAGUCGGACAGUGAAACUCUUCUGGGAGGUAGUUGCUGGGUUUGAAGCGAUAGAACGUUGCAUGCUUCUUAAAUUUGUGACAAGUUGUUCUCGAGGUCCUCUACUAGGGUUCAAACACUUGCAACCAGCUUUUACUAUUCACAAGGUUGUAUGUGAUGUGCCUUUCUUGGCAACAUUAGGAGGACAGGAUGUUGAUCGGCUUCCAUCUGCUUCUACAUGCUAUAAUACUCUUAAGCUUCCCACCUACAAGCGUCUAGGCACUUUGAGAGAGAAACUUCUGUAUGCCAUCAAUUCUAAUGCUGGAUUUGAGCUUUCUUAGAGACUUCUGAUUCACUAGCAAGAAUGCAUUUUUAUUGUGCCAGAGCCAAGAAGUUGCAAAUUACCAUUGUCUGUAGGCUUCGUGAUUAGGUCUAGCAGAGGAUUGU